AUGGGCGCUCUUCUCGCGCUCCCAUGUGGAGCUUCGACAGCAUGCUGUUUUGGCAGUGCUGCAUGUUCUCUAUGCUGCUCAGCAUGUCCCACAUCUCGAAACUCUACGACAACUCGCAUAAUGUACGCUCUGAUGUUGUUUUUCGGUACAGUGUUAGCUUGCAUAAUGCUUGCUCCCGGUAUACAGGAGUACAUGGCUAAGCAUGAAUGGUUUUGUAAAGGAUUGAGUGAUUUGGCAGGCAUAACGUGUGAAAAGGCAACAGGCUUCCAAGCUGUGUAUAGAUUGUGCGCUGGAAUGGCAUCUUUCUUCUUUAUUUUGAUGAUAAUGAUGUUUGGUGUGAAGUCUUCGAAAGAUGGACGAGCAUCUAUUCAGAAUGGCUUCUGGUUCUUCAAAUACUUGAUGGUUAUUGGAUUGAUUGUUGGUUUCUUUUUCAUAAGCAGUGAACAUUUGGCAACACCAUUGAUGUGGUUCGGACUUCUUGGUGGUUUCAUGUUCAUUUUGAUUCAACUGAUCCUCAUUGUUGACUUCGCUCAUGGUCUUGCUGAGCAGUGGGUCGAAAGCUAUGAGGAAUCUGAGUCUAGAUGGUGUUUCGCUGGUCUUCUUGGAGUUUCUUUUGGAGGAUUCGCUGUGUCUCUCAUUGCUGUCAUCUUCAUGUACAUAAUUUACACAACUGGAGCUACAUGUGCUCUUCCAAAGUUCUUCAUAUCUUUUAAUAUGCUACUCUGCAUUGGUGUUAGCGUGAUAUCUGUCAUGCCCUUCGUCCAAGAAAGAAUGCCCCGCUCUGGGCUGUUACAAUCAUCAUUCAUCUGCAUGUAUGUCAUGUAUUUAACAUGGGCUGCUCUAGUGAAUAACCCAGAUAAGGAGUGUAACCCUUCCUUGAUCAGCAUUUUCACUAACACUACCAAGCCCGAUGACAAAGGCGAGCAUGGAUAUGGAACUCCACUGCCUGCCCAGUCCAUCAUAUCUUUGAUUCUCUGGUUUGCCUGCCUUCUUUAUGCUUCCAUUAGAAAUUCCUCAAACACCUCACUUGGAAAAAUAACUGGAGGAGAGGAGAAUAUUCAACUUAGUGGGUCCAGAGAUGCCAUAAUAACUCAGGAUGAUGCAGAGACUGGAAACUCGAAGACUUGGGAUAAUGAGUCUGAUGGAGUUGCAUAUUCCUACUCUUUCUUCCAUUUCAUGUUUGGAUUGGCUUCCCUCUAUGUUAUGAUGACAUUAACAAGUUGGUACAAACCUGAUAACGACUUGACUCAUCUGAACAGCAACAUGGCUUCUGUCUGGGUGAAAAUUAUUUCGUCGUGGUUGUGCUUGGCACUUUACGGUUGGACGAUGGUUGCUCCAGCUCUCUUCCCAGAUAGAGAAUUCUAA